AUGGACACCCCCGAGGUUGCGACGCCCACGUCCGGCGCUGUUACACCCCUGACAAUGCCUUCGACGCCGGCUAAGCCCGGCUUUAUACCUUUGGUCACGGUUGUCGACUUCCACCAUGCCCGCGGACCCGAAGUCGAGCUGUGGUUCGGCGCGGCGGAGGGCGUCGACCCGGCGGUCGAGUAUGACUGGGGUUUGUUGCCCUUCAUGGCGCUGAGCGACGGCGCGCAUUUGUCAAGCGAGGACUUUUCCUACUUCACCCUUCUCCGCCCCGCAACCGCCACGGGGCCGGCGACGUCCCUCUUUGGCAUCUCUUGCACGCGGCAGCUUGACGCCUCUCAGCUCCUCAAUCGCCCCGCCGAGGUGACGCGCUCGACGGUCCAGAAGGCCGUUGUCGUCAUCGCCGACACGCCGCAGCACUUUGGCAUGAUGCGUGAGCGCCUCAGCGUCGUCACCCAGGCGUGGUUCGCCCAGCGCGAGUUUACCGACACGGAGAUACUGCGCCGCUUCCAGGAGAGCCUUGCCGAGGAGAAGGAGCGCGGCUUCCUGACCGACGAGGAGAGCCGUGACCAGCACCUUGGAAUGAGCUUGCGAGAGCUUGUCCACGAGUUCAAGUGGCAGACGCUAGUGCUGUUCAAGUGCUGUCUGCUGCAGCCAAAGAUGCUCUUCUUUGGAUCACGUUGCGAACGGCUAUGCAUGAUGCAGUUUUCCCUAAUCUCUCUGAUACCCGGCCUAAUUCGUAAUCUCAUCGACUGCGCCGACCCGGAGCUGAACAACUACGAGAAGAGGCUGGUGAGGCCCACAAGCCUACGGACUAGCGAUCGCAACUCCCUGCUCACUUACAUGGGUCUACCUCUCCAGAUAUUUGGCAAGGGCAGUCUGUUCGGGCCAUAUACCCCCCUCCAGCAGCUCGACAUCCUCGCCGACUUUGGCACCAAGUCGUACAUCGUCGGCAGCACAAAUUCACUUCUCUUGCAACAAAAAGACCGCUACAGCGACAUUUUGAUCAACCUCGACGACCAUACUGUCAACGUCACUUCAUCCUCCCUCAGAAAUUCGCUGGCCCUCUCGGCCGCUGACCGUCGCUGGAUCGACUACAUCACGCAAGCCGUCAAUGAUACGUGGGACGACGCUAACCCGCAACGGCCCAACACCAUGGGCUAUGUCGGUAGUGAAGAGUUCAUCCGCCUCCAGUUCGAGGAGUACAUCCUCUCCCUCGUAUCCUCCGUCAAGUACCACAGCCACCUCCUGGCGAACCCGAAUAACCCCCGCGCUCUCCUCCCGCACAUCGAGGGCGACCCAUCCUACGACUAUGGCAGCGAUUUUAUCGAAUCGUGGUCCCGCACAGAGAACUAUCGCAUAUGGAACGGAAACACGGACUCGCACCUCUUCGAUGUCGUCGAGCCGCGGCACCCUUGCGCCGGCGGCCUCACCAUCGACGACGUCCAGCGCCGUAUCGCGCAGCAGGUCCAAGAUAUGCAUCUUGACGAACGCCUUGCCGUUGGUAAGGAAGUCCUCGGGCGGAACUUUGCCGUUGGCAAAGAAAAGGCGUCGAACAUGUUCAACAAGUUUUAUGCCGACAUGGAGGCCUUUCGCGAGGCGCAGAAGAAGAGGGCCGAGGAACAGCGCAUCGCGGCAGAGGCUGCUGCCGCCGAAGCCGAGAAGGCCGGCGUGCCCGCUGCCGCAUCUGCGGCAUCGUCGGGCGGAGCCACGGAUGCGGCAAAGGCGCAGGGCAAUGCGUCGUCUUCCGGGAACAAGGCCUCCUCGUACGUCAGCUCGUGGGUGACUUGGGCGGGCGAGAAGCGCAAGGCCGGAUGGGGCGGUGCCAGUGGCAGUAGUUCCCCAACCACGGCCAGCAGCGGCGGAGGAUACGGUUGGGGGCGUGGAUGGGGCAAAUCCAAGCCGGACGCUAACAAGGCUGGCAAGAGCGACAAGGACUCGGCCUCGGUAUCCGGGUCACGGGUAUCCACGUCAUCAGCGGGUAUGGACAUCAACCAGAAGCAGUCGAGCGACAGGCAUGAUUUCCAGCCGCUGACACAGGGCUCGUACACGGAGUCGGUAUUCUCAGCGGGCACCGUAGAGUCGGAGAUGUCCGCGAGCCCCACGGCGGACCGUCGGCCGCAAUCCAAGGAGGGUCUUUCCGCCGUGGCGGAUACGGCAGAAGUGACGACGCCGACAACAGCCACGGUCACCGCCGGAAGCGACGGUCGAUUGAACGGAGGGGUGAACACGACCACUAGGCCGGUGGCCCCUGACGCGGACAGAGAGGAGGAAGAGGCGACAGCUCCGGUCGCCGCCGUUACGAUCACCAAGGCGCAGCAGCCAGAACAUGAGAGUGACGACGACGACGACGACGCUGCUGCGAAGGAAUCGAGAGCUAUGGCCGCUGCCGCCGAGGCGGCAGCCGAAGCGGCCAAGGCCUGGGGCAGUGAUCGCUGA